UCAUUGCUUUGGCGCCGUCUGGGGAGCGUGAGCCUGCGGCUGGCGCGGAGCGCAUGGUGGCGGCUUCUCUCGGAGUGCCACCGACCCACUGACCCGGGCUCGGUUCCCUGUGUCCGGUGCGCCCCAGCGACCUGCUGGAGAUACACGCAACAGCAGCAUUAGCAGCAGCAAAGGCGGCUGCUCCGCCGCCCGCAUCUCCGCGGGAGCAUGGAGUGCGCCCUGGACGCCCAGAGCCUGAUCAGCAUCUCCCUGCGCAAGAUCCACAGCUCCCGGACCCAGCGCGGCGGCAUCAAGCUGCACAAGAACCUCCUAGUGUCCUACGUGCUCCGCAACGCGCGCCAGCUCUACCUGAGCGAGCGUUACGCCGAGCUCUACCGGCGCCAACAGCAGCAGCAGCAACAGCAGCCGCCCCAUCACCAGCACCAGCACCUCGCGUACGCGGCUCCGGGGAUGCCGGCCAACGCGGCGGACUUCGGCCCGCUCCAACUUGGCGGCGGCGGGGACGCGGAGGCGCGCGAGCCGGUCGCCCGGCACCAGCUGCACCAGCUCCACCAGCUCCACCAGCUGCACCUCCAGCAGCAGCUGCACCAGCACCAACACCCGGCGCCCAGGAGCUGUGCGGCGGCGGUGGCGGUGGCCGGGGCGCCCGCGGGCUGCGCGGGGGCGCUCUCAGAGGAGUGUGACCGGCCUCGGGGCCGCGGUGGAUGGCCCGCCGCGCUCUGCCCGCGGGACCCUCGCGUCCCGGCCGCCUGCUCUGCGCCCUCGGCGCCCCCGGGGGCUACCCCACCGACCGUCGCCGCUUCCUCUCCGCCCGCCUCUCCAGCCCCUUCCUCGUCCCCUGGCUUCUACCGGGGCGCGUACCCGGCCCCCUCGGACUUCGGUGUGCACUGCAGCAGCCAGACCACCGUGCUGGACCUGGACACUCACGUGGUGACCACGGUGGAAAACGGCUACUUGCACCAGGACUGCUGCGCCUCCGCCCACUGCCCCUGCUGUGGACAGGGCGCUCCGGGACCCGGCCUGGCGUCCGCCGCUGGUUGCAAACGCAAGUAUUACCCUGGCCAGGAGGAAGAGGACGACGACGAGGAGGACGCGGGUGACCUGGGAGCCGAGCCCCCUGGGGGCGCCCCGUUCGCCCCCUGUAAGCGCGCCCGCUUCGAGGACUUCUGCCCGGACUCGUCCCCGGACGCGUCCAACAUCUCAAACUUGAUCUCCAUCUUUGGCUCGGGGUUUUCGGGGCUGGUGAGCCGACAGCCGGACUCCUCGGAGCAGCCGCCGCCGCUCAACGGGCAGCUGUGCGCCAAGCAGGCGCUCGCCAGCCUCGGCGCCUGGACUCGAGCCAUUGUCGCCUUCUAGGGACCCCCGAGGACAUGGGGACCCUGGGCCCCGCGGGGCUGGGGCCAGACAAAGACUCGGCCAAAGGACGAUAGGGAGCGAGCGGGUCCUGGCCACUCGGUGCGAGCUGGGGGCAAGCAGAGGCUGAUGUUUUAUAAAUUGUAAAAUAAAAAAAAAAUCUAAAAAA